UCUUCCAAACCUUUUUAAGUUCCGUACACCAAAAAAAAAAAGGUUUCAUAGGAAAGUACGAAACCUUUAAAGUUUCGCAUCUAGUAUAAUAGUUUUAUAGGAAACCCAGUACGAAACCCUAAAGGUUUCGUACUUUCCUACAAAACCUUUUUUUUGGUGUACGGAACUUAAAAAGGUUUCGAAGAAAAAAGGAUCUUCACGUGGGUACACGAUAAGAUCCUUUAAAGGUUCCGGGUUUUUUUUAUUCGGUUUUUGAAACUUUCAACACAUUUGCAAACUUUUUGUCAUCUACCGAACCUUUUUGUGAGGUUCCAGAAAGUACCUUUUUUUUUACAGUGUAAGGACCUAUUGAAAGUGUAUAUGAUAAACUCGAUUUCCACAUUAUCUCUGUGAUGAUUUCUUAUAUCAGCAUGCACAAUAGUCGCUAAUAAUGAUUUCAUCGAUUGUUGCUGAUGAACAUUCCCACUGUUAUAAAACUAUUUUUUCUAAAUGCUAUACCAAAAAUUAUAUGAGAUAUCUUCUUUCAUUGCUCUUGCCUGUAAAAAUUUUGAUAACCGUACGACUCGAAAUACUUUUAUUCCCAUGGUGAUCAAUUAUAUCAUUUUUCGACUAUUCCGAUAAAGUUCAUAAAAGGUUCAAUUGAUAGAUCGUCUAAUCAUUGAUCAUCAUGUAAACAAUCAGUUGCAAUUGAACAAUAUGUAAUACUUAUUGGUUUGUAUCGAUGAUCAGAUAUUUUUAAUGAUGGUGCGUUAUGAUGUUAUAGGUAUCAAAGUUAUAUUAUAUAUGAAACUAGAGAUGGCCAAGUCAAGUAACCUUUUGAGCUGAGACUUAUUUUUACAAUUUUUGACAUCACUUUACGUGCUGUAGGUUAACAAACAUAUGGCUUCAUUUGCCAUGAAAACCUUUUAUAUGAUUUUACUUGAUUUGAUUUGUGACACGAUUCUACUUUUUUGACAAGUCAUAAAUCAAAAUAUGAAAGUGAAUAUAGUUGCAUGAUUUAUGCGAUUUAUUCAUGUCUACUCAAAAGUAGACAUUCGAAUACAGAUGAAGGCGAAUAUUUUCGUAUUUUUUGCAUAAGAAGUGUAAAGAUUUGAAUAAAGAAAAGCUGUAACUUGCUCAUCUUUGUAUGGAUCCAUGUAUUCAUGGCAUUAAUGUUUACGAAGCAGCCGAAUAAUUGUACGGAAUUCUCAUAGAUUGCAAUUGUUAGUGCUAAUUGAAAUAUUUCAGGUAUUGACACACACAUGAAUUCAAUUAUAAUAAACUGUCAUUUUAAUAAUAUUAAUGAUAUAACUAGAAUUCAUUCAUUUAUUUCUCAAAUCAGAUAAUAUUCAAUACAUUCGAUCUCUAUGAGGUCAUCAGCAUCAAUAUGAUAAAUUUUUAAAACCUAGAGUCAUCUUCAAAGAAGUUUAAAAAAUUAAUUAUUUAACUGAGUAAAUUUAAAUAGGUUAGGUUCUAUUUUAACGUAUUUUAAUCGAAAAUCAUCAACCUGUUUUUACUCGAAAACUUUUUAUGCAUUAUUAAGAUUUUAUAUCUAGCAAACUAUACAUUUGCAGGGCACUUCUUAACUAGAUGUAAUUCUAUUUAACUUUUAUUCAGAAAUAGUUUUUUUUUUUAAAUAUAUGAGUUCGAGGAAAUUCGUUCAUUAUUUGUUAACAUGAAGCUCGAUGUUAUGCAUCGUUUAAAACCAGUUUUUAAAUAAUUGUUGAUAACCGGAGCUUGCUUAUGGCCUUGAGCUUUCUGUGAGGUUUGAUAUCAAUCGACUCUUUCAUUAUCAUUAGUGGUGUUCUAAUUCAAUUUUCUAUAUAGAAAGAUGGUAAUAUCCAAGAUGAAUCACAAUCCGACGGUGCAACUAGUGAUGUAGCAACUGAUGAAGAAUGUUCCAUUGAUGAAGAUCAUGAUCAAGAAACCAUCGACAAUUUUGUCGAAGGUGUAAAUUCGGAAGAAGUCGUACUUGAUGAUUUACAACAAAAACUUCGAGAAGUUAUUCUUAUCGCACGUGAUAUUGUUAAUACAACUAAAAAAAACAUAAAACGACGGUUGAGUAUUGAUGUACGAACACGAUGGAACUCCACGUAUAAAAUGUUGUCUACUAUGAAUAUUUAUCGAGAUGUAAUAAACGAUUUGUUCAAAUCAAAAGGAAGUCUUGGCUUAACCUCAAAGCAACGACGUAAAUUAACUCGUAUUGAAUUAUCAACGGAUCAAUGGGAUUUACUCGAAAUGGUUAUUGCUUUAUUACAACCAUUUUAUUCGGCGACGAAGCUUUUAAGUAAUUCCAAGUACCCAACAAUAGGAGCUUCAUUAUAUGUUAUACGAAGUUUAGAAGACCUUUUUCAAAAAGAUGAAAACAAUCUUGUGUUAAAUGCAUUAAAAUCAAUGGGGUUAACAAAAUUUCAAAAAUAUAUGUUUGACGAUAUCGAUCAAUUUAAUACUUUGAAAUUAUAUGAAUAUCUUGAUCCAAUGGGCUUUUCCGCUCUUACAAGAGAAGAACAAGCUGCAAUCGAAAAACAAUUGAUAACGAUUUACAAAAAAGAAUUUGAACCAUCUGCAUCAUCCUCAUCAUCAACGACGAUGAUAUCAUUAUCAACAGAUACUCAACAACAUGCAACAAAAGUGAAUAAAAUCGACAAGGCAUGGCACGAAUUUCUUAAAUCCACCAAUAAAGACCCACAACACGAAGCACCAACGACAAGUACAAUUCAAAGUGAAAUAAGAUGCUAUCGUAAUUUAGCAACAAAGUUGUAAGUAUGAAACGCAUUAUUCUAACUAAUAUAAUUAUAAGCAGCAUUUUGUCUAUUUGAAAUGAGUUUUUGAAGUUGCGAUAGUUUGUUCGUAGAGUUAAACAAAAUUGUAAGCCUAGAGAUUUAAUCUUCUCAAACUUAUGAUUAUACUAAGUUAUAUCUUUUACAAAUUUAUCUGAGACUUCCACCUGAAAUUAAUAUUGAUCUUCACUAGAUUGUUGUCAAUGAAAUUGGAGCAUAUCAUCGCAACUCUUGUUACAUUGAUUUAUAAUUAAACAUAGCUAGUUUUAAAAAAUGAGUAGAGAUUAUAUACACUCAAUAUAUUUCUUAUAUGAUCACUCUUCAUUGAUGAUACCCGAAUUGCAAGAAUUUCAUGAAGUGUGACAAAACAAAAAUUAAUUUUGACUUUACCAAUAUAAGAUUGGUUGCUAACACAUCUCCACAAUAUAUAUAUAUAUACAGGGGUUGUCAAAAUUAUAGACCCCCCUCAUAUGUACAUAGAAAAAUGUUUAUUUUAUUACAAUAAGGAAUGAUAUUGAUCUGCUAGGUGCACAUCUACGUGAGACUAAUUACGACUAUCUGAUACUCUAGCAUCUCUCUUUUAU